AUGAUUGGCAAUUUACCGGAUAAGUUGUAUUCUGAAUUAAAAACUUUACCAUUCACUUUUACCACCAGUACAAUUGAUACAGACGACGAAGAUUUGGAAGAUGUACUGGGUUACCAUUCAAAUAUCAUUGUAAUAAGCUGUGCUGAUUUUGAUGAAUUUGAAGACGCCAUUAGAAAAGCUAUGGGCUCGCCAUAUUGGCAUCCUCUAGCUAAUAUAAUUUUGGAUUACCAUGCGCCGUUGAAGAAAGCGAGAAUUGCUAAAAUAUUUUUUGCCUUCUUAUUUCAUAAAGUAGUUAACGUAAUAAUCAUUCAUAAUAACAAUACCUCUUUUUUAAUAUCUAACUACAGUCAGUUUAUAACUGAAAAUUAUAAGCUUCAAGAAAACUUCGGCUGUUGGACAUCAAGCAAAGCAACUGUGAGGAUAGACAAAUUCGAGACUGGUUUUACAUGUGUUCAGGAUUGCCAUAACGUAUCAUUGUACUCGUUCUUAAGAUCUGAACAUCUGGGUACUUGUAUUGGAUUCAACACAGAAGUAAUUUUCAAUAAAUCACAAAUUAAAAGCCUUAACUUUUUUGAGGAUAAAGCAAAAAAUUUGCAUGGGUAUCCAAUGCUAGCAUAUGCAAUUGAAGUACUUCCAUUUUUUAUAAUAAAGACCAGUGAUAAUGUAUCUUUUACGUUGCAUUCUCGUGACGGAAUGAUCUGGAACACAAUGGCUGAACUUUUCAAUUUUAAAAUUGAUUUAACUCCUGGUAGGGAUGUCAUGAAGACAAAGUUUAAUUUUGAAAAGAAUAUCGUCCAACUGUUCGACUUUCUACGAAGAAAAGGCGAUUUACUUUUAUUUCCUGUAUAUCAAUUCGACAUAGUUGUUGCUGAGAUAGAUUAUACAGUACCUUAUAUUGACAGCGGUCUUUGUAUAUUAUCCCAUCGGGCGGAUUACGAAACUAUUGUGUUUAAUAUAAAACUUUUGGAGCAUAAUUCAGAUCUAAUAAUCAGGUUUAUAAUGUGUUUUCUAUGUACCUGGCUAGUAUUUCUUCUUUUUAAUAUGGAACAAUAUAGAAAAAUCACUUUUGACCAAGUGGGAAAAGAUUUAAUAAGCACAUUUAAAAUUGUACUAUCUUUGAGCCUUUCCCGGUAUCCAACAAAGAACUCCUUUCUUUUAUUUUUCUUCAUUGCCAUAUGGAGCUUUUUCGUUCUUAAUUUUAGUACGCAAGCAGCUAUUAUUUCUCUAUUCUCUGCUUAUAAAAGAGGAAAAGAAGUUGACUCUUUCGAAGAUGUAAUUGAAAAGGGCUAUAAGAUUGAAGGGAUGUCUUCACCAGAUAUUGUGCUUCCAGAUACCGAAGAAAAAUUUAGGAAGAUUAAUUCUAAACUGGAACCCUUACAGGAUUUAUUUGGAUGUGUUCAAAACAUGCAAAACGACAGUAAGAGAUUUUGUGUCAUCGAUUGUACUGUUGGCCGCUAUUUAGAAAGAAAUAUGUUGAAUGAAAAAGGAAAACAGUUCCUCCAUAUUGCAAGAAAAGAUAAAAUUCAUAGCUAUUAUUUAAACAUAAUAUUUCAUAAACAUUCACUAUUAACAGAGCGUUACAACAAAUACAUUUUGAUGAUAGUCGAAUCUGGCCUGAUAAAGAAAUGGAUGGAAUACAGAUUUACUGUCAUUAAAGAGGAAGUUCCUCUUAAAGCACUAGGAAUGGAUGAUAUGGAGGGAAUAUUUAAGUGUUUCGGUAUACAGUUAUGUAUUUGCUUGAUAAUUUUCCUUGUCGAACUGUUUCUUGGUUUUCUUGAUUACAUGCAAAAUAAAGUUCAAAAGAGACAACAUCGACUUUAA